CAGCAGCAGAACGAGUGCGAGAGAGACGAGACAGGCAGAGAACUGACACGUGGAUUAACCAUAUUAAAUAGAAUCAUUUUUUAAAAAUUGAUAUUACUUAAUUUUUCACCAGUACGAUGUUUCAAGUGUUUCCAAAAGUGCUGGUUCUGGUGUGUGCAUGUGCUGCCUCAGCUGCGAUCAACAACGAGGAAACACCUCCAAUAAUAGUUCAUAUGUUCGAAGCAGUGGAGAUUAAAGAGGAAAUUACUCAUUAUGAAAGUACAAAAAGGCCUAAUGAAAACAGCAACAGCAGUAUGUUGAUGCAUAAUGAAACUAACAUAAACGGAACGGGGUUGCUGAAUGUAACCAGCAUCAAGAGGGUGAAAAUCUCAGAAGAAGCCCUUUUGUUUCUCACAGGCUCUGUGUCCACCAUCCUCAUCCCUUCCUUCUACACACUGAUCUGCCUCAUCAGCUUGCCGAUCAACAUCUGUGCAGUGGUGGCCUUCACUCUGAAGAUCAAACCCAAGAAGCCGGCGGCCAUCUACAUGUUGAAUCUGGCCUGUGCCGAUCUGCUCUUUGCUGUGCUGCUCCCCUUCAAGAUCUCCUACCACUUUGGAGGCAACAACUGGAUAUUCGGCUCGCUCAUGUGCCGUGUGGUCACUGCAGCCUUCUACUGGAACAUGUACUGCUCUGUUCUGCUCAUAACUUGCAUCAGUGUGGACCGUCUCCUUGCUGUAGUCUAUCCUCUUGACUCUCUGCGUUGGAGGACGCCAAGGAACACAAUCAUGGCCUGCGUCGCCAUGUGGAUAUUAUCCUUCGCUGGCACUGUGCCCCUUGUCCUCCACGACCAGACUUUUCACCUCAGUCAGCUGAACAUCACCACCUGCCACGACGUCCAGUCUGUGCACGAGAUAAUCUGGUACUACAAGAUCUACUUCAUCGCCCUGUGCUGCGCCUUCUUCUUCUUGCCUCUGCUCAUCACAGUGGUGUCCUACACUCGUGUGAUCUGGGCACUGAGCAGAGUCCCACGCGGCGUUCUAGGACGUUCACGCAGGAGAACGAGAGCAGUAGUGAUGGCUGGAACAGUGCUGGUGAUAUUUGUGCUGUGUUUCACACCCACAAACUGUCUACUGAUGGCCCACUAUCUGCAAUUUAACGGAGGUGCUGAGGCGAUCCAAGAGAGCACUGAAGGCUCCUACGCAGCCUAUCUCGUGUUAAUGUGUUUAGGAAGUCUGAACUGCCUCCUGGAUCCCCUGGUCUACUACUAUGGCUCAUCCCAGUGCCAGAAACAACUAUCCAGCACACUGAGGUGUGAGAAGAUUUUGGAGGGCUGUAGUGGACAUUCCUUUUCUGGCCUCAGUUCUCGCUUAGCAAGGAUGAGAACAACCAGAUCCAGUGACCUGCAGGUUGACGUCCCCCCAGUCUUCAUACCAUAAAAACUCAAUUUUGGAGGCAAAAUUAAAACCAGGGUUUCUUCCAAACCAAAUGCUUUCAAUCAGAUAAAAUAGAUAUACUAUGUGACCAACACUGCAGAAUAGUCGGAUGGAUCUGUCUGUUCAGCAGUGGUCAACAAGCAAUGACGCCCUGAACAUAUGCUCAAUUCAAAAACACUGCUUCCCCUGCCUCUCUCUCUUCCCAGAGGUGGGGCGAUCACAGACGUAUGUCAUGAAACCACAUUCCAUUCUGUUCUGAAAACCAGCUCAUUUUAUUGAAUGACUGAAGCAAAGUGCAAAUAAUGUUUAAACUGUCUUGAUCUGGUUAAUAUUGUUUUAUUUCUGCUUUUAGGUAAUUUGAUAUAAAUUCCAAAAGUUAUUUACCCACAAAAUGCAGCUAAACAUGUACAAUUGAACUAUACUGCAACUAGUAAUGCUAUCCUGUAUUCAAUUCAUAUAAUGCUAGAUACAUUUUGUUAUGAUAGUUGAUUACACUGUUUUCUGUAAUUUUGUUAUAAUCUAAUACACCUUCUGCUUGACAUACAUUUAUAUAUUAUAUUAUAAAAUAUACCCUCACCAUAUAUUAGUAGAGCUACAUGAUUUGGCAGUGAUUACUGAGCAUUUUUUUGAGUAUAUUUAUUGAACACGCUUCUCUUAAACUUGAAAAUGUAAGGA